UAGUCCGGGCUGCGCGCGUGCGUCGCCCCGGCCCCGCCCCUCCUUCCUGGAGCCGCCGCUGAGGCAGAGGCGGCGGGGCAGCCGGGAGGGGGGCGGCUGGUGGCCGGAGCUGCACGCGCUCGUCCCGACCCUAUGCAGUGACUCGUGCGGCGCAGGCGCCUCUUGCCCCGCCGGCGGGGCCCGGGCUCCCGCGGAGGGAUGUUCUCCCGAAGGAGCCACGGGGAUGUGAAAAAGUCCACGCAGAAGGUGCUGGACCCCAAGAAGGACGUGCUGACCCGCCUGAAGCACCUGCGGGCGCUGCUGGAUAAUGUGGAUGCAAACGAUCUGAAGCAGUUUUUUGAGACGAACUACUCUCAGAUAUAUUUCAUCUUCUAUGAAAAUUUUAUAACACUGGAAAAUAGUUUGAAGUUAAAAGGGAAUAAUAAGUCACAAAGGGAGGAGCUGGACUCCAUCCUCUUUCUUUUUGAAAAAAUACUGCAGUUUCUACCUGAACGAAUUUUCUUUCGAUGGCAUUACCAGAGUAUAGGCUCAACUCUAAAGAAGCUUCUACACACUGGAAAUUCUAUUAAGAUAAGAUGUGAAGGAAUCAGACUGUUUCUUUUGUGGCUUCAAGCACUUCAGACAAACUGUGCGGAAGAGCAGGUGCUGAUUUUCGCUUGCCUGGUGCCUGGUUUCCCAGCUGUCUUGUCAUCCAGGGGUCCCUGCACACUGGAGACACUCAUCAACCCCAGCCCUAGUAUAGUUGAUGCAAAAAUAUACCCAGAAGAAAUCACCCCACUUCUGCCAGCCAUAUCAGGGGAGAAGAUUGCUGAGGACCAAACCUGCUUUUUUCUUCAAAUACUGUUGAAAUAUAUGGUUAUUCAGGCUGCAAGCUUGGAGUGGAAGAAUAAGGAGAAUCAAGAUACUGGUUUUAAAUUUCUUUUUACAUUGUUUCGAAAGUAUUAUCUUCCUCAUUUGUUUCCAUCAUUUACUAAGUUAACCAACAUCUACAAACCUGUACUUGAAAUCCCCCACUUGAGACCAAAGCCAGUAUAUGUUUCUGUGACUCGAGAUAAUGAAACAGUUUACAGUACAAAAAUUCCAUACAUGGCAGCUCGUGUUGUUUUCAUUAAAUGGAUUGUAACUUUCUUUCUGGAAAAGAAGUAUCUAACUGCAACACAAAACACUAAAAAUGGGGUUGAUGUAUUGCCUAAAAUCAUCCAGACUGUUGGUGGCGGUGCAAUACAAGAAAAAGUGCCAGAGCUGGAUGGUGCUGGGUCCACAGAGCAGGACAAAAGCCAUUCUAACAGUAGCACCUUGUCUGACCGGAGACUCAGCAACUCCAGUCUUUGUAGCAUUGAAGAGGAGCAUCGGACCGUGUAUGAAAUGGUGCAACGGAUCCUCCUGUCAACACGGGGUUAUGUGAAUUUUGUGAAUGAAGUGUUUCGGCAGGCAUUUUUGUUGCCGUCCUGUGAGAUAUCUGUAACAAGAAAAGUAGUUCAAGUAUACAGGAAGUGGAUCCUUCAGAAUAAACCUGUGUUCAUGGAGGAGCCAGAUAAAAAGGAUGUUGCCCAAGAAGAUGCUGACAAAUUUGGACUGACAGAGACUGACUCCAAGGAGGCCUCGUCUGAAAGUUCUGGUCAUAAACGGUCAUCCAGUUGGGGACGCACGUAUUCUUUCACAAGUGCCAUGAGCAGAGGGUGUGUGACAGAGGAAGACAACACAAAUGUGAAAGCUGGGGCCCAAGCUAUGCUGCAGGUCUUUCUUACAAACGCCGCAAAUGUCUUUUUGCUGGAACCAUGUGCUGAAGUUCCCAUGCUCCUGAGAGAACAAGUAGAUGCCUGUAAAGCUAUUCUGAUUAUUUUUCGACGCAUGAUAAUGGAACUUAGAAUGAAUCAAAAAACAUGGGAGCAGAUGUUGCAAAUCCUUCUCAGGAUAACAGAAGCUGUCAUGCAGAAGCCAAAGGAUAAGCAUGGAAAGGACUUGUUUGCCCAGAGCUUGGCAGGGCUGCUUUUCAGGACACUUAUUGUGGCUUGGAUCCGAGCAAACCUUUGUGUGUACAUUUCCCGGGAGCUCUGGGAUGACUUUCUUGGUGUGCUGUCAUCCCUUACGGAAUGGGAAGAGCUCAUCACUGAGUGGUCCAACAUCAUGGACUCUUUGACAGCUGUGCUUGCAAGAACCGUGUAUGGAGUUGAGAUGACAAACCUACCUCUAGACAAAUUAAGUGAGCAAAAGGAGAAGAAGCAACGUGGCAAAGGUUGUGUUCUAGAGUCCCAAAAAGGGACUGCUGUGGGACGAUCCUUUUCUCUCAGCUGGCGUAGCCAUCCAGAUGUGACCGAGCCGAUGAGAUUCAGAAGUGCUACCACAUCUGGAGCACCGGGAGUUGAGAAGGCAAGAAAUAUUGUCCGCCAAAAAGCAACGGAAGUGGAGGAGUUCCAACAGGCUGAGAACACACCAGCAGCGGACUCUGAUUAUCUUGUGGUGGGACAGCAGCAGGUCCCCCGGAGCAGCAGCACCUCCGACAUUACUGAGCCUUUGUGCUUAGAUUCUUCUCAAGGUCAAAGGGUAGAAAAUUCACAGAAUUUGACCUCUUCAGAACCCAAGCCUGUUCAAGAGAAUAAAGGACAUGUGAAGCAUGAGCAUGAAGGAAUAACAAUCUUGGUUCGAAGGAGCAGCAGUCCUGCUGAGCUGGAUCUGAAGGAUGAUUUACAACAGACACAUGGAAGAUGCAGGGAGAGACAGAAGAGUGAAAGUACUUGUAGUGACACAGCUGUGGGCUACAGCAAUGAGCCAGAACUACCCAUGAAUGCGUGGCAGAGCUGUGAAGAGGACCCGGAGCUAAGCACCCCCACGGAUGCUGUGGCUGACUCUGAUGCCCGCCAUUGGUUACAGCUGAGCCCUGCUGAUGCUUCAAACUUAGCAGAGAGCAGAGAGUGCCUUACAGACGACUGUAGCAUAAUUGCUGGAGGGAGCCUUACUGGUUGGCACCCAGACUCCGCUGCCGUGCUGUGGCGAAGAGUCUUGGGAAUCCUCGGGGAUGUGAAUAAUAUCCAGUCACCGAAGAUCCAUGCCAAGGUUUUUUGCUAUCUCUAUGAACUGUGGUACAAACUGGCCAAGAUACGAGAUAACCUAGCAGUAAGCUUGGAUAACCAGUCGUCUCCGUCGCCUCCACUCCUGAUUCCACCACUCAGAAUGUUUGCAUCAUGGCUAUUUAAGGCUACUACUCUGCCAAAUGAAUACAAGGAAGGCAAGCUGCAAGCCUACAAACUGAUCUGCGCCAUGAUGACCAGACGCCAGGAUGUUCUGCCAAACUCGGAUUUCCUGGUGCAUUUUUACCUUGUGAUGCACCUGGGAUUAACCAGCGAGGACCAGGAUGUCUUAAACACCAUUAUAAGAAACUGCUCACCCCGCUUUUUCUCCCUGGGUUUGCCUGGCUUCUCAAUGCUGGUGGGGGACUUCAUCACUGCUGCUGCCAGGGUCCUCAGUACAGACAUGUUGGCGGCACCCCGGUUGGAAGCUCUCACUCUCCUUGGUUCCCUCGUCUGCUUCCCAAAUACCUACCAGGAGAUCCCCCUGCUGCAGUCAGUGCCGGAAGUGAGUGAGGUCAUCACAGGAACCGAAGACGUCAAGCAUUACCUCAUAAAUAUUUUACUGAAGAAUGCUACCGAGGAACCAAAUGAAUGUGCAAGAUGCAUUGCCAUUUGCUCCCUCGGGGUCUGGAUCUGUGAAGAGCUGGCACAGUGUGCCAGCCACCCUCAGGUGAAAGACGCCAUCAACGUGAUAGGUGUAACAUUGAAGUUUCCUAACAAGAUUGUGGCUCAGGUAGCCUGUGAUGUUCUUCAGAUGUUGGUUUCCUACUGGGAAAAUCUUCAGAGGUUUGAAACUGCUCUUCCUCGAAAAAUGGCAGAAAUACUUGUGGCCACAAUUGCAUUCCUUUUACCAAGUGCAGAGUACUCCUCAGUGGAAACAGAUAAAAAGUUUAUUGUGUCCUUGCUCCUCUGCCUCUUGGACUGGUGCAUGGCGCUGCCUGUGAGUGCCCUUCUCCACCCUGUGUCCACCGCAGUCCUGGAGGAGCUGCAUCCAUCCCGGGCUCCCUUGUUGGAUUAUAUCUACAGGGUUCUUCACUGCUGUGUCUGUGGCUCAAGCACAUACACGCAGCAGAGUCACUACACUCUGACCUUAGCGGACUUGUCGUCCACGGAUUAUGACCCCUUCCUGCCUCUGGCAAAUGUGAGGAGCUCCGAGCCCAUCCAGUAUCAUUCAUCAGCAGACCUGGGGAACCUGCUGACUGUGGAAGAGGAGAAAAAGAGGAGAAGUGUGGAACUGAUCCCUCUCACUGCACGAAUGGUGAUGGCUCACCUAGUGAACCACCUAGGUCACUAUCCACUGAGUGGGGGCCCUGCUGUGCUGCACAGCUUGGUCAGUGAGAACCAUGACAAUGCCCACGUGGAAGGAGCUGAGCUGUCCUCGGAGGUAUUCAGGAGCCCAAACCUGCAGCUCUUUGUAUUUAAUGACAGCACCCUCAUCUCCUAUCUUCAGACCCCAGCAGAAGGACCAGCUGGAGGGGCUUCAGGGGGCUCCCUCUCAGAUGUGAGAGUCAUUGUGAGGGACAUCUCAGGGAAGUACUCUUGGGAUGGCAGGGUUUUAUAUGGACCUCUAGAAGGCCGCUUGGCACCCAGUGGGAAGAAUCCCUCAUUUCAGAUUUCUGGUUGGCAUCACCCAUGCGGACCUCAGAAAGAUUUGUCUCACAGUGAGGAGGGAGAUGAUAUGCUUGACAAAUUACUUGAAAACAUUGGCCAUACAAGUCCUGAAUGCCUUUUACCUUCACAACUAAAUCUAAAUGAGCCUUCCCCACCCCCGUGUGGAAUGAACUGUGACCAAGAGAAGGAGAUCAUUGAGGUCAUCCUGCGCCAGAACACACAGGAAGAGGAGUAUAUUCAGAGGUGUAACUCUGAUUCUGCCGUGAGGGUCACCAGCCAAGGGCAGCCCUCACCUGUGGAGCCCCGGGGACCCUUUUAUUUCUGCAGAUUGCUGCUUGACGACUUGGGAAUGAAUUCCUGGGACAGAAGGAAGAAUUUUCAUUUGUUGAAGAAAAAUUCAAAAUUAUUGAGAGAGCUAAAGAAUCUGGACUCGCGUCAGUGCCGCGAGACACAUAAGAUUGCAGUGUUUUACAUUGCUGAGGGGCAAGAAGACAAGUGUUCUAUUCUCGCCAAUGAAAGAGGAAGCCAAGCAUAUGAAGACUUUGUUGCUGGUCUUGGAUGGGAGGUGGAUCUCUCAACCCACUGUGGCUUCAUGGGUGGUCUUCAGCGCAAUGGCAGCACGGGACAGACGGCCCCUUACUAUGCUACCUCAACCGUGGAAGUAAUUUUCCACGUUUCCACUCGAAUGCCAUCAGAUUCAGACGAUUCACACACCAAAAAGCUCCGUCACCUGGGGAAUGACGAGGUCCACAUCGUCUGGUCUGAACACUCCAGGGACUACCGCAGGGGUAUUAUCCCAACAGCCUUUGGAGACGUUUCCAUCAUUAUUUACCCAAUGAAGAAUCAUAUGUUCUUUAUCACGAUAACUAAGAAGCCUGAGGUUCCGUUCUUUGGGCCUCUGUUCGAUGGCGCCAUUGUGAGUGGGAAGCUGCUGCCAAGCCUUAUCUGUGCCACGUGCAUCAAUGCCAGCAGAGCGGUGAAGUGCCUCAUCCCACUCUAUCAGAGCUUCUACGAAGAGCGAGCUCUGUAUCUGGAAGCAAUAAUUCAGAACCACCGGGAAGUCAUGACAUUUGAGGAUUUCGCAGCUCAAGUCUUUUCUCCCUCUCCCAGCUACUCUCUCAGUGGAACGGGGGUCUUGACCUCCAGCUUGAGAAUGGACCCCAAGAAAAUCCUUAUCCUUCAUGUGGAAGAGACAGCAAGACUCCCCUGAUUUCCCCAGAACCCUCAAAUCCAGACUCCAGGAAACUGCCACUGUGCCGCCACAUGCAACAAGCCUUCCCAUUGUUGUACCCCUGAGGUCAGAGGUGAUCUAGUGUGUGUGGAACCUUCAAACAAGGCCUUGUCCCUCUUGUCCUGGAAUCUCACCAAACCUUGGGCUUCAGGAGAAGAGAAGAAAAAGUUAACCACCAAUCAGGAACAAACCUGCUGUCAUGGGCAAUGGAGAAGCCCAGUCUUAAGGCAGAACACAGUAGCAAAAAGGGUUGGGGCCCACAGGGAAGAUGCAAAAGGCCCUUGUCUGUAUCCCUGAGUUAUUUUCCUUGCAUUUAUAGAGCCAAGCUUGAUUCCCAAAAGGGCUUACAAAACAAUUGUGUAAUCAUUGAAGGAAUUUUGUCCAUACUGGUUUUGCUAAUCCUUGUGUUAGGAUUUGCAGUUUUCUUAAAAAUUUCAUCAUCAUGGAAACUGGCUGUCCCCAGGUUCUUGUCCCACAGGAAGUUUUACCUCCAUCUCUGAGUCUUUCUCCACCUGGUACCUGAGGCUCCCUGACUAAGGUUCUCCUGACAACAAGGAGUCCUGCCCAGUCCUGAGUAACGGUCCCACAUAGAGUGAUCAGGAGUGUCUAGAAAUACAGGGCUGUCAACAUGAUAGCACUAAGCAGUGCAUAGCGUCCCUGCUCAGCUCAGCCCAGCCGGGCACCACCGCACCAACACACAUAAUUAGUGCCUGCUCCAGCUCCAGGGCUGAGCAACACCCCCACCCUGUGCAGUGCCCCUGAAAGCUCGCCUGCAGCCUUCUUCCUGCCUGUUGUUCAGAGACCAAGAUAGGUCUCAGAAACAGUUCUUGUCACCUGAGUGUUAGGGUAACAGAUUCCAAGCAAUUAGAUUUGAUGUCUUUGUGCAUGCAUGCGUAUUAGCCUACCUGGCUCCAAGGAAGGAGUAUUGUGCCUAUUAGAGGUGGGAGGGUGGGAAGGAGUUGAGUGUGCACCUUGCUGGACAUCUUGGACCUUAGAAUCUGGCAACUAACAGUGAGUUCACAGGGAAGACCUCUGUCCCAUCACCCCUCCCCCAACACACACACAGCCUGUGCCCUGGCCCUGACAUGCAGAGCUCCAGUUGCUCCAUUCCAUGCUCUGCCUCAGAGAGAAACAGAAAGUGCAGCAGAGGCCACUCCUGGCUGCGUGGUUCGGCUACAUGAGACCAUUUCCCAGUGUGCAUGUCCAGGGUGACCAUCAGUCAGCGCAGGAAAGCAGCUGCAGAGGACAGGCUCAAGAGACUCAGGCGGUCCUCUGUGUGGCCACCUCUCUCCCUUCCUCUGCUCUCCGUCCUCACAUUAUUCCUAGCAUGCUUGUCUGUCGCAUCAGUGUCCAUUCUCCCAGAAGAGCCAGCUUUCACAUCUGCUAAACAGUUGAUUUUUCUGCUGCUGACCUUGGCAGAGAAAGGGGCAGAUCAGAAGCUAGACUCAUUUUUGCAGUGAGUGGGAACUCUGAGAGCACAUUCUAGAAGCACCUUCCAACUGCAGGGAGAGUCUGUCUUCCUGCUCUGGAGGGAGUUCAGCAGCCUUCCAUCCCCAGCCCACAGACAGGACCACCUGGAGAGCUGCUUAAAGAUCCUAGAUAGAACAGGACUAUGCAAAGCAGAAGAAAGCCUCUAACCCCUGUAUGCUGUUUUCUAAGGGCCCAGGAUGUUCACGUAAGCUUAAUGGUGCUAGAAGGAAAAUGAGAUGUAAUAACAUCACCCAUUGUGUCGGUGAUACUUGGAGUCUUGCCGCAGUCUUGCCGCACCCACUCUGUGUGUGUGUGCACGCACACGUGCAUGCCUGCUUGAGUCUUGGCUUGGUAAUAGCUCUGGUUAGAGACACAGAGUUGGGGACAUGGAGACUGGUAACCAUGUUCAGUUGGAUUUAGCAGUUCUUGUUAUUUGGGGUGGAAAAUUGAAAUGAUCAAGUUUGGUGUUUGUUUUUUUUUCUUUUUUUCCAGUCAGAAAGGCAAAUAUUAUGUUUUCAUAAUAAAUGUCUUUUAGCAAAAUUGCUAAGGGUCACUCAUCCGGCCGAGGCCCUCCAGAGAGCCACUCAUCACAUUAGUAUUAGUAGGUCAACCAUCUGUAAUAAAAGUGUCCCUAAUUACCCCAGAGUGUGAUCAGACUCCCUGAGCUCCCGAAGGGCCUGGCCAGCACCCUUACUUUUCUGCAUGCUGAUUUCCGGGUGUCCAUAAUGAGGAAAACUGAUGUUUAUAGUCUUUUUGGUUAGACUUUUAUGCUAUUAAAAAAUAGUAAUCCCACAAAAUUACAACUUUUUAAAAAUAGCCAGACCUUCAUCAGGCUGAAGAAAUGUAUCCUGGUGAGUGACUUCGAAAGGGUCUUCUGCAGCCAAGCUUGCAGCUCUGCGAGCCCCAGGGUGGACUCUGACUGCGUUAUGGCUGAUCAGUGGGACCCGUAGCCUUACAAAGGAGAUCACAGCUCCAGAGAGCCAUGCAAACCCUGUCUUCCUAACUGUCCUCAGGUGUCCCUCCCUUCUCUCCACAGACCCGUGGUGGAGGUGUGAUGAGCCCUCUAAACCUCUCUGCGUGUCUCACGUGUAGCCGUGUCCCUCCCUACCUACUGAAGGGGGUGUCACAUUUAAGGGAAACUCUUCAAGAAACACCCAGCCUUGUAUUUGCACCUAGUUUCUAUGUAUAUGAUGUACACAUUAGCCAAGCGUCUCCUUCGUUUCAGGUCUACAGUGUUUAGUACGUGUAAAUAGGGGGAAAUUUGAUAGAGAUGAUAAACUAAGUUAUAGCAUGUCAUUUGAUUGUUUUGAGGUUUCUUGUUAUUUAACUUCCCAAUGCUGCACAUCUAGGUGUUCUGAGGUAGGGGCAGGGGCUCAAACUGCCCCGCCCUGGCAGGAGUGUUUGUGUGCACUAGGACACACUCCACAAAGGCAGCCAAGCUGGGAAUACGCUUAGCUCCAUAAUGGUGCCACUCAACUCUAGCUCACCCUUUUUCUGUCUGAUUUACUGUGAUGAUUUCAUGAAUUAGAAACACAGCAUCUAGGCUUUAUGUGUUUCUGACAUUCUCAUAAUUUGUAGGAAAAUAAAAGUUUAUU